AUGCUGCGCAGGCCAGGGGUCCGGAAAAUUAUCGAGGUGACGGUGCGGCGUACACCAGUCAAUGACGGCAGCAGUUUUGAGCUUCUGCUGUCGUGGUCGAGUGCUGGACUCAGGUCAUACGCAAGAGAGGAAGGCAAGCGGGUGAAGGCCACGCUGGCUCAUCUGCACAAGGCGGUCGCAGUUCUGAAGCAGGAGUUAAUGGGGGAUCCUGGUUGCGGAAGAAGGAAGGUGCUUCUGGAGGAAAAGGAGCAGCAGCUUAAAGCGUAUCAUGCAGCAAGGCGGGACAGGUUGCAUUUGCAAGCCGGUCUAACGGCGGAGCUUAAUGGGGAAAUUGCCUCCAAGCACCACCCCGCUAAGGUCCGCGCACGGAAGGCGAGAACACAGAUUGCGGAGCUGAAUGUUGGCGGGACCACGGUUGGCGGGUCUAGAGCGGCGUCGUCAUCACUGCUCGACGAAAUCAAGGAAGCGGUGACGAUCCUGCUUCACAAAAAGGGGGACAAAGACCAGCCGAACAAUUACCGCCCCAUCACCUUGUUGAAAUUUACCUACAAGGUCCUUGCGCGGGUGAUAGCGGACCGCAUGAAGGCGGUUCUGCAUCAGGUUAUUUCUCCGGAGCAGUACAGUUUUCUCCCGGUGUCGCUGGUGGCUGACAUUAUUGAGGCCGCGAGGAACGGUAGUAAGGACUGGCACUUGCUUCUAGUGGACUUUCAAAAAGGUUUUGACUCCGUCUCUCGCAGCUUCCUCUUCCAGGUGCUCCGGAGGAUGGGUUUCCCAGACCGGUCCGUGUGUUGGAUUGAGGGUCUGCACAGAGACACCAAUCCGCGGCUGUUGGUGAACGGUUGGUUAGGCGAGGGGCUUGAGGUGGUCUUGGGGGUCCGUCAGGGGUGCCCCCUGGCUCCUUACCACUUUCUGUAUGCUGUGGAGCCGUUGACGCAGGAAGUGGAGCGUAGGAGGCUUGGUCUGAGCAAAGAAGGGCAGCAGCUCGGUUACCUCAGUUACGCGGACAACAUGAUGCUCGUCCUGCAGGGGAAACAGCAGAUUGUCAGGGCGGUGCAACUGCUAAGCGAGUUCGAGAAAGCCUCGGGCCUGGCAGCAAACGCCGACAAGACGGUGGUCUUACCUCGGGGUGUCAACACUUGUGUCAACAGAGGCUCAUUGUGCGGCUUCAAGAGGGCUGGCGCGGAUGAUGCGGAGAGGCUGCUGGGCGUCUGGGUGACUCCGUCCGGCAAUGGACUGCUGACCUGGGAGAAGGCGCUGGGGCACAUCAACGGGAUGUCAGUCAAGUGGAAGCAGAAGUAUCUUACAACUUCGGCAAGGGCGACGGUGGUGAACAGCUACGUUACACCGAUCAUUGCUGUCCAGGCCCAGGUGUACUCUCCCCCGGCGGCUAUCUGGGAGGAGUUGAUGAGGGUGAUCCAGGGCUUCAUCUCCGGGAACAGGGUCUCUGUUGGAGAAUUGCCUCAUCCUUGCAACCUGCUCUUCUUCUUGUCACUCCCUUGCCUUCCUUCUCCUUACGUCGUUGAUUAG